ACUCCACACCACCAUCUGUUUAUGUUCAGACCUCAGGAGCUGAGACGCGGCACGAGCGUCCCGCCACUUACCAUUUUUAAAUCCCCUUAACCGUACGCGUGAGCGUCUUCGGGUCAUCGUGCGCGAGACCCGUCCGUUAUUCCCGCAGCACAUCCGGGUCUUGUCCUGCCCGUCAUUCCAGCCGGACACGCUUACUGAGACUACUCGCACCUCUGUCUUUGUUAGCAGGUGGCUUUGUUAGCCAGCACACUCUGUACUCUGGGGCUUUAUUCUUUAUUAUUUCUAUUUUCUUUUUUUAUUCAUUUUAUUUGUACUGACCCGCCGGAGCUAACUGAACCGGCUCCAAGCCUUUUUUUUUGUUGUUGUAACGAACUGAAUCUUCUGGGGGGAAAAGCCCAGGCAUCUUCUGUGCUACCUGUCCAGGGGUCUCAUUUAUAAAACUGUGUGGAACCCAGAAACCAACAUUAUUUGAUGGCCACAGCAGCGGAAGCACUAAUUAAAAAGAAGCAGUGCAAAUGGCAACAUGUUGCUGCUUCUGUCAACUGUGUCAGUGGGACAGAACAGAGAGUUGCAGUACUAAAGAAAAAGUGGUCCGUUCUGAAGGAUUUAUGCAGCGCUGGUGAUGAAGACGCAGUUGGUGAUGAAGCUGAGGCGAAGCUGAGGUUGACCGUGUAGUGGUCAUCGCUGGAGAUCCAGAAUCCUCACACACUUAGAGACUCUCUGACACCCAGACCCUCAUUUGCACACAGACACCGUGCCCAUGUUUUCUCCCGAGCAGGAGAACAUCUCCACCUCCUCCACCAAAGUGCCAAUUAAAUACGGAGAGCUCAUCGUACUCGGGUACAAUGGCUCUCUCCCAAAUGGAGACCGUGGAAGGCGGAAGAGCCGUUUUUCUCUCUUCAAGCGCCCAAAAGCAAACGGAGUCAAACCCAGCACUGUCCACAUAGCCUGCACACCACAAGCAGCCAAGGCCAUAAGUAACAAGGACCAGCACAGUAUCUCCUACACUCUUUCCCGAGCUCAGACUGUUGUGGUAGAGUACAAUCAUGACAGCAAUACUGACAUGUUCCAGAUCGGUCGUUCCACGGAAAGUCCAAUAGAUUUUGUGGUGACUGACACCAUCCCCGGCAGUCAGAGUAACUCGGACACUCAGACAGUACAGAGCACCAUCUCACGCUUCGCCUGUCGUAUCAUGUGCCAGCGAACCCCGCCCUACACAGCCCGCAUCUACGCCGCUGGAUUCGACUCGUCCAAAAACAUCUUCCUUGGGGAAAAGGCAGCGAAAUGGAGAACAUCAGACGGACAGAUGGAUGGCUUGACGACGAACGGUGUAUUGGUGAUGCACCCACGUAAUGGCUUCACCGAGGACUCCAAACCUGGCGUAUGGAGGGAGAUCUCAGUGUGCGGUAACGUCUUCACGCUCCGGGAAACACGAUCCUCUCAGCAGCGUGGCAAAAUGGUGGAGAGUGAAACGCAGGAGCUGUCGGAUGGUGCGCUGAUUGACCUGUGUGGUGCUACGCUGCUGUGGCGCACUGCUGAUGGCCUUCGGCGUGCACCCACUCUGAAACACCUGGAAGCGCUGCGGCAGGAGCUGAAUGCAGCACGGCCACAGUGUCCCGUGGGCCUCAACACACUGGCGUUUCCGAGCAUGCGGAGGUGCCAGGGCGCUGUGGCCGAGAAGCAGCCGUGGGCGUACCUGCAGUGCGGGCAUGUGCACGGCUACCACGACUGGGGAGAGCGGGGCGGGGCGGGGGGCGUGACCGAGCGCGAGUGCCCCAUGUGCCGCGCCCGUGGGCCCUACGUUCCGCUGUGGCUGGGCUGCGAAGCAGGGCUUUAUGUCGACGCAGCUCCGCCCACUCAUGCCUUCAGCCCGUGCGGCCACGUGAGCUCAGAGAAGACAGCUGCGUUCUGGAGCCAAAUUCCACUUCCGCAUGGUACACACACUUUCCAUGCUGCGUGCCCCUUUUGCGCUCAGCAGCUCAGCACCGGCCACAACCAUGUGCGGCUCAUUUUCCAAGGCCCCGUCGACUGACCUUUGUCCAGCCAGCAAGGGCCUCAUGACCUAUCCCAUGCAGUCCUUUUUUCAUAACUGUCCUCAAUGACCUUUAGUGAAGUUACACAGCAUUUUAUGCUCUGGACUCUUCACCCUUUUUAGACCUUCUGCCACGGAGAGCCGUCUACGCUCUCACAUCCCACACCACUCUAUUCCUCUUCAAAACCGCAUACUUCUGUGCUGAAUACUGUUAAAAUAGCACGCCUGUGAUGAUUCUCCUAAGCUAGGCAACUGUACUGUUGGCCGUGGUGCAGAAUUUAGCAGGGCAGUAUGUGUGGUUUUUGUUUUUAUUUCCUCUGCUUUCUAAGUGACCUUUUUGUAUUGAUUUUUUCUUAAUUGAAGAAAACAGAGAAAUCUAUAUUUUCAAGUGAAACUAAAAAGUACCUGAAAAGGUGAAAAAAAAAAAAACUGAGGAAAUGUAAAAAAGGGGCUUUUGAAUACAAUUGGAAGUGUGAUCUGCCACAGGAAGUGCCCAGGUGACCUCGGGGGGGAGUGAACUGGGGCGGUUUGAGUAAUAUAUUACAGUGUUUCUUUGCUAAUAUGCUAAUGGAAAAAAAAUUACUUAAUUUUAGUGAUGCAAUAAUCAUCCUUCACACCACACCACAACACGAACAUAACACUUACGAGUCGACUCUUCAUCAUCACUGCUGCAAGAAAAAGAAAAUGAAUUUAGAUUUUAUAGAUGUUCUGUUUUUUUUUUUUGGUUUUUUUUUGCUUUUGUUUGUUUUUUUCAUGUAAAUCAAAUAUGCCUAACUUAAAACAAUGUACCAUUUUUAUUUAUGCAUAGUAUCGAUGUUAAUCAAGUGUAAAAUUAUUGGUGUGUAAUUUUUUGAUGUUCCACUCUGUGUAUGUGCUCUGUUUUCUUACUGUUAAUGUUUCUUCUUUUCAUUGUCUUAUGUGUAGCUUUGGCUGUGUGUGCACUGAGUAUUUAUGUAGCUAACACAAGUGUGUGUGUGUGUGUGUGUGUGUGUGUGUGUGUGUGUGUGUGUGUGUGUGUGUGAGAGAGAGAGAGAGAGAGAAACACUUCCACCUCAAAGCAAUAGUCCGAUGGCUUCAGACAUACAGCAAUGCAGGAUGUAAGGCGGAUAUCAGGGGCUCAAAAUAGAAGUGUUAAAUUGUAGGUUUAGUGGUUUGAAUAGUGAUUACACUAUUGAGAACAUGUAGUUUAUGGGAUUUGUAGGAAGAUGGCAAUGAUCUAUAAUUUAAGGGUGUGUCAAAAUGAGAAGGGUCAAUGGCCGUAGUGUUUGGGAAACCUGCCCAUGUGAGUCUGAAGCUAUAUGUGUGAACGCCUGUUUUAAAAAAAAAGAACCCAACUAAAAUACAGGUCCCUUUAAUCACAGACCGAAACCAGACGCCCUAACGAUCUUUUAAGCAACUCUGCUGUUUGUCUGAUUGCUUACUGUAUGUGAAUGACUUACAACAGUAUCUUACAGACUUGACUCCAGUUUUUCAGCUCGGAGCAAAUUGGACGUUUCAGAAUAGCACUUCCGCUAUGUUCUGCUCAAUAGGCAGCAUUUCUGGGCCAGAUUGAAAGGCAGAUGUGUUAAAGACGCGCUCAUUCAGCAUUCAGGUACCUUAUUAUGUACCUUAUUUUGUUUCAAUUUGAAGAGGUUUUUACAUUUACACUGACAGUGUAUAAGGAUGGUUCUUAUACAGAUAGACUUUUGCUUUCAGUCUCUAUCAGAAAUGUAACUUUAGAGAGAUGACAGCGAUUGGCCCGGAGCAGAGAGAAACCAUACAAGCUGUAACUCUGUUAUACAAGAGUUUAUAGAGUACUUUAAAACACACGUCAUAUGUACAUAGGUGCUAGUUCAGCAAAUCCCAUGAUUCAGUUAUUUAUGUUACUUAUUGUAUUGGAAAAUGAUCAGGUUAAAUUUCCAGACCUGCUGUGUCCAUUACAUGCUUAAUAGCAGGCUGUUAAUCAAUCAGAAUUUUUUUUCCGUUAACAUGCUGCAGCACAUUUUAUGGAAAAAACAAAAUACUGGCACAUACCGAGCCAAAACUGGACUCAUUGAAACGUUCGUAGAUAUAAAGAAACAUUUUUUUUACUAUUUUAUCAGGAGUGAUUGGGCCUUGAUUCAAUAUAAUAAUAAAAACAAUUUUCAAUUUCCA